AUAUUCUAUGAUAAUAACCUCUUUCAUUUUGGAAAUUAUUAAAUUAAUUUAAAAAUGCAGUCCCUAGUGGAAAUUGACGGGUCUACUUUAGAAGGGGGAGGUCAAAUUUUGAGAGUGGCUCUUACAUUAAGCUGUCUCAAAAAAAUUCCAAUAAGAAUAUUUAAAAUCAGAGCUGGGAGGAAAAACAAAACUGGCCUUCUGGAACAGCACUUGAAAGGAGUGGAGUUACUUCAACAAAUGUGUUCAGCUAAAGUUCAAGGCGCCCAAAUCGGCUCCAAUGAGGUGAAGUUUUGCCCCGGUGACCUACGAGGGGGCUUCUUUACAGCUUUUGUGAAAACUGCUGGCAGCAUAACGCUACUGAUGCAGCUCGCAAUUCCGUGUGCAAUAUUUGCUAAAGAACCAGUGACAUUAAGAUUGUUCGGCGGUACCAAUACCGAAAUGGCGCCCCAAAUUGACUAUACAACUGAAGUGUUCAGACCAGUAAUGGAAAAAUUUGGUGCAACAUUUGACUUUGAGUUGAUUAGGAGGGGCUAUUUUCCCAAAGGUGGUGGUGAAGUUAUAGUUACAAUCAAACCUAUUCAAGCAUUAAAGCCGGUAAUUAUGACUGAACUAGGGAAUGUAACUUCAAUUUAUGGUUGGAGUUUUGUUGCUGGUGUUUUGCCUGAGGAACCCUGCCAUCUAAUGGCAAAUGGAGCUGCCAGUGUUUUACGAAAAGUAUGUAGGAAUGUGGAUAUUGUAAAAUACAAGGAAGACAGAACUAUAGCGCCUGAUACAGCAUGUGGUAUAAUUUUAGUCGCUGAAACUGAUACGGGUUGCAUACUGGGAUCAAGCGCCUUAGGCAAAAGAGGCGUGUCCCAUGAAGCUACGGGCAGAAUGGCGGGGGAAAGCCUGCUGCAGCCGAUCGAAGGAGGUGCCUGUGUUGAUUCCUUCAGCCAAGAUCAAAUUAUAAUUUUUAUGGCUCUGGCAAACGGCCCUUCGGUAGUGAAGGUCGGCAGCAUUACUCUUCACACUAAAACAGCGAUUUUUGUGAUUGAAAAGUUGACUAAUGUCAGUUUUACGAUAACGCCCGAUUCGGAUUGCAACAUAAUUCGCUGUACAGGAAGUACUUAAGUGUUGGUUUAAAAUUUUUAGUUAUUGCGUAAACAGCAAUGUGGAGAACUUGGAUAUUUGGCUAAGGAAAACCAUAG